AUGCCUAGCAAGGUAGGAAGAGUUAGGAUGCCUGCUAAUAACAGGUUGCCUGUUUCAGCUUCAUUAAAAACCUCAGAAAUUUGGAAAAAAUCUGUUGGUUAUGAUCCAUAUGCUUCGGUAGAAGAAUUAAAUAGCAAAAAUGAAACGAAAAAUGAAGAAAUAAAUGAAAAGGCACAACAUUUAUUUAAUAUUGCAAGGGUAACUGGUAAUAUAUCCACCACAAUUCCAGGGGCAUGUACACGGUGCAAUCAUGUCGGUCAUUUAUCUUAUCAAUGCAGAAAUUUUAUAAACUUAGAUGAAUAUGAUAUUAGAAAUGACAUGAAAGAAAAUGAAGAAAAUGAAUUAAAAGAAAGAAAAAACCUAGGUCUCAUAAGUAGUACAGAUGAUGAUAGCAGUAGUGAUAGCGAAAGUGAUAAUAGUGAUAGGGACGUAAAAAAAAAUAAAGAGAAAAGACGGGAACGAAAUCAUAAAGAUCAUAAACAUAGGAAGGACAAACAUAAGAAACAUCACAAGCAUAGAAAUCGUGAUGAUAAAAAAUGUGAUGAUAAAUUAAUUAACAAAAAGAAAGAAAAAUACAAAAGCCAUCACUAUGAUGAAAAAAAAGAUAGAAAGAGCAAAUACAGAGAAAGCGAUAAGAAGCAUAGAAAAUCAAAAGAAAGAUAA